CUUACUUCUACCUCGCGCAUUUUACUCAGCAUGCUGGUAGGCUUGCUGCCUAGAAUCUAAAAUUUUCUUGCUCGCGGAGCUCGCUGGCCGCAGCAUGCGAAAAACAAGAUCCUGGUGUAUUUCAUCUGCCCGGAAUUGGGACUGGAGUGUAUAUGGGGUCUCGUGGACGGACUCCACAAACAAGUCUUGGCUAAGAGAUAUAGCAUGCUCUCAUUGAAAUGCCGAGUAUUAUCCCACUCUUUCUUGGAAAUGCAGCCAGUGAUAUUCGUUUCUUCCUCAUUCAUCGACAAUCAACGGAUCAAGCAUGAAUGACUGUUGUUACAGCGUCCAUGGCCGUUCGAUAAACACCAUCUAAGUGCCUGAUUUCAAGUCUGAAAGUAGAUCCCGCUGAUCUCAGUCAUCUAAACCGUUCUCGAAUGCGGAUCAGAUGCAUUGGAUAUUCCGUUGGACGCAUCGAGCGCAUGGGGUAUCAUCUUCGUUGUUGUUCAUGCACUGGAAAACCCGGUUGGUGGAUGUGCGACAAAAAGACGGAGCGGCAAUAUACCUUGACUUUCAACUUGCGGCAGCUGACACAAGCGACGAAAACCCGAUCAGAGACCGAUGGAGGACUAGCCUCGCAGCGAGACUCGAUGCUUUUAUGCAGCGAUGGAACCAGUCCCAGUCUGUGAUGAGCGCCGCCGACACACGCGCAUUACUCGAUGAGUUCGGCAUCGAAUCCUUGAUGCUGUUGACGGUUGAAGCCCUAGUGGCUUCGCAUAGCCCAACUCCCGAACAGAUGCUGUUCGGCGUGAAACCGUCGUUGAAAGCCGGCACCUCACUUCGUCAGAUCGGGAAGAGCUAGCAGCCCAGGAUCAAUACUUCAUGGUUACUGAAUUAUUCAAAUGAUAAUCAGAUCGCGUGUUUCACUGCAAUACUGCAGAUACUUGUCUGGCUCUGAACGACGGGUACAGAAACUGAGAGUAUUCCAACGUCAAUCCUCUGCGUAUAGACUUGAGAUUCCU